AUGAGGGGACGUUUGGAUGUGGAAAUGAAUAAAGUGACGGUUGUGAGUGUUCUUCCUGCUGUUGCUGAUUUGAGUUCUUUGGAUUUGGGUGUUUGGAUUCAUGGGUUUGUGCAAAGGAACCGACUUGAUGAAGAUGUUCAUGAAAAGUUUGACAAGCUGAAAAAGUCGCUAUCAAAUCAUCUUCAAUGGAUCAAUAAGUUUUCUCUUAAGACAAUUAUGAGUCCUGAUGGUGAUAUCAUAGAUUGCGUUUUAUCUCAUAAACAACCCGCUUUCGAUCAUCCUUUAUUGAAAGGACAAAAACCAUUGGAUCCUCCGGAAAUACCAAAAGGACAUAACCAAAAUAGUAAUUUGAGUGACAAUUUUCAAUUAUGGAGUUUAUCCGGAGAAUCAUGUCCUGAAAAUACAAUUCCAAUUAGAAGGAUUAAAGAGGAAGACAUGUAUAGAGCCAACUCUAUUAGUAGAUUUGGUAGAAAAUUAAAUUAUAGCAACUUGGACAUCGGAAACAAACAUGAGCAUUCUAUUGCGUAUGUAACUAGGGAUCGCUACUAUGGAGCAAAGGCUAAGAUAAACGUGUGGGCCCCCCAUGUGGAAAAUUAUAACGAAUUCAGCUUGGCUCAAAUAUGGAUCCUCGCUGGUACAUUUGGAAAAGACCUCAAUUCUAUUGAAGCUGGUUGGCAGGUAAAUCAACAGCUCUAUGGGGAUCAUCGUCCUAGACUAUUUAUUUAUUGGACGGCUGAUGCAUAUCAUCGAACUGGAUGCUACAAUUUACUUUGCUCAGGAUUUGUUCAAACUAACAAAAAUAUUGCACUUGGAGCUUCAAUAUAUCCAACUUCUUCAUAUAAUGGCCGUCAAUAUGAUAUUACUUUAUUGAUCUGGAAGGAUACAAAGACUAGGAAUUGGUGGCUUUCAUAUGGAUCCGAAAAUCUAAUAGGGUAUUGGCCGUCCUCCUUGUUCAGACAUCUAAAGGAUAGUGCAACUGUUGUUGAAUUUGGCGGAGAAAUAAUUAAUUCAAUGUCACAAGGAACUCACACUUCCACCCAAAUGGGCAGUGGACAUUUUGCUCAGGAAGGUUUUAGAAAAGCUGCAUAUUUUAGAAAUAUGCAAGUUGUUAAUGAUAAAAACUACUUGACUCCAUUGUCAAAUCCUGUAUUUCAAACGGAGUUUCCAAAUUGUUAUAACAUAAAAGGAGGGAAAAGUAAUCAGUGGGGGAAUUACUUUUAUUAUGGCGGACCUGGUAGAAAUGUCAAAUGUCCUUAA